CUAGUCAGGCGCAUCAAGUGUGAUGAAGCGCGACCAAGCUGCCAGAAAUGUUCGUCGACCGGUCGAAAGUGCGAUGGAUACAUUACGACUGGAGAAUCAACACCAAAACGCACCCAAGAAUUAAGUUUGAACGUGUACAAAUCAGAAGAGGAAAGCAGCGCGAUCGAUUUUUUCCUCCGAGUCUCUAUCCCACAAUUUACAGGAAAUUCGCCAUCUGAGUUCUGGAAUCGCCAUGUUCUCCAACUAGCCCAGCAAGAUGUCGGGACACGGCAUGCUCUUGUCGCCCUUGCACAUCUGCACAGAGACUUCACCAAUCCUCAAAACGAGUCAAAGCACAACCAGCCAGCUUUGUAUCAUUACGAUGCAGCCAUUCGAAGUCAUAUCAGCUCGGUUUCUGGAGAAAUGCAGGACAUAUUGAAGUCUAGCUCCGCAAUGUCAACUGCUAUCGUUUUCAUGUGCAUCGAGAUUAUGCAGGGUCAUCUUGCAUCUGCCGUCUCGCUUCUACAGCGCUCAGUUGCCAUACUACCACGAUCUAGAAACCAGUACGUCCCGCUAUAUGAAGAAUUCAUAUCUCGGCUCAAGAUCCAUGCUCAGCGUCUAGUGGACAAGAAUAUGUUCGGAUCAAGCCCCUUUGAUCAUGCCUCGAAAGAAGUUGUCAUGAAAUACCGACAGCCAGGCGAUUGGCGUUCGUCCUGCAAGGAACUGCUUCGAGAUUGUUCAGCAAUCUUUGGAGAAUUGUCUUUCGAAGAAAGAAUCCAACGACUGUGUAUCAUGUCAGGAGCGCCAAAGAUCGCACAUAAAAACUCUCCAACUUCACGGGAAGCUGCUGCACAUAAUGCCUUGCACAUGCGGAGACUUCUAGAAAUCACCAACAUAUUUGACGAGGAAGCCGCCAACACAAGCGACAAUGAGAGAGCCGCUUUGAACGACUCGUUGCUUCCUCUUUAUCGAAUCACGGUUUCCUUGGCAGAGGCAAAUUUAGGCCUGGCCAACUCAGACUCGCAGGAAACAACCCCGCUUGCACCUUCUUUCGCUCUCGACAUGGGUGUUAUCGGCCCUCUUUAUGAGGUUGCCCGUCGUUGUCGAGAUCCAAAUCUUCGCAGAAAAAUCGUACAUCUUUUGCGCAUGUCAAACCGACACGAAGGACUGUUGAAGAGUUCCACCUAUGCCAAUAUCGUGCAAACGAUCAUAGACAUCGAAGAAGCUGGCCUGACAGAUGUCAAAUCGAGUUCAGAUAUCCCUCUGCGGUCGCGUAUAUCCCAGCAUUGCCUCUCAUUCGACCUGCAACGACUGAAGCAUACCAUAUCUUACAAGCCAUUGAUCGGAGACUCUAAGGACUUCUAUCAUCGGGACAUUCUAACUUGA